AACUUUAUACGCAGAUGCUAGAUAUAGGUUUGAUUUGUAUUUCGUCAUAACAAUCACUGAUAGUGUAAGGAAUGUCUUUUCACUUAAAAAUAUUAUCGAUACAAACGAAAAUAGUAGUGACAAUAAUUGUGAUUUGCCUUGUGGCCCAUGCAGCACCCCCAAGACGACCGACCAGGAAGAGGACAACCAAGACGAGGUGGAUGGAGGACCCGGUAUACGUACAGGCCUUCGUCUCCAGGAUGAUGGGUAAGUAUCCCCUGAAAAACGAGAAAAUGGAAGACGGCGUGUUGGGCAUCUCAACAGGAGCAAACCUGGGUUACGAGCCGUAUUGGACAGAUGUGCCUGACAGACCGUGGAAGGACAAAUGUGCACGAUGCCCCGAGCUCUUUAAACGCUACGGGAGGGUGUGUGCCAUGGACAGCACAGGAGAAGUGUUGGUCAACAUCACGAUGUGUAAAUUGCUGCAAAUGAACUGCCUCGCCGGCAUAGUGGAAGGAAAUACAACGGGAAUAUCGGAAGACUGGGUAGACAAAGACGACUAUUUCGUGGUCCAGGACGGCUGGGCCCGCUUCGUCGUCCGCCUGGAUAUGGAUCUGACGGUCCAAUUGUCGUUAACUCCUGACCAGAACUACCCUAACUACCAGAUGAUCAUCGACGGAUGGAAUGGCUACUCUAGCGCAUUAUACAAAAACGGUUACCUUAUUCAGAAGACACAUGCCAAUUAUAGAUCGUUGUUGGGCAAAGAACAGUGGGCAGAAUACGUAAUCCACUGGGACCACGUGACGGGCUGGCUGCUCAUGACACGCUCCUCAUACUCGAACUGGAGGUCUGAUAAGCUGUUUCACUUAAACGUGUACGAUGCCGAUCCCUUCCCCAUCAAGUAUAUCGCUGUCGGUGGGAAAAAUAACAACCCUGGGGAGUGGAUCAUUAAAGACUUACCUACAGGUUUCGUCGUGAACGAACUGUCUGCUUGCAAAGACUCCAGACCAGGCAUGGCACGGCCAGUGGUGACCAACCCCACUGACGUGCCUUUCAUCUUGUCGCGCCACUCGCCGGCUAACAUUGGCUUCUUCUCGAGGGUCAACUACGCGGGCGUGCAGCAGGGGAACGCGACACACCUCGGGAAUGUCUCGUUUCUUACCAGGGAAGAAUACUGAAAUCUAUGACUUUUACACUGAAAGCAAUAAAAACUGUUAACUUUU